CUCCACCGAAGAGCAAACAUCCGCGCUCCCUCAGAAUCAUCUGAACAUCACAUGAAGAGCAACCAUUCAUCGAGCUCCAGGUCAUCAAAAGCUUUGCACCAGUCCUUGACUCCAAGGAUAACAAUCUUCUUACUGAUUGUUUUCAUCCUCUUCCUCUUCACCCGUUUGUCAUUAUUCCCUUCAGAAUCAUCCUCUCGCGCAUUUGAUGUCGCUCCACGCGGUUUAUAUCGCCAUUUCUCCCCACGGGACUAUCUGAACGAAUCGGCUAAUGAUCCUGCGCCCUUUCACUUUUGUCCUAUUUAUGGUCCUGGAGAUGUGCUAGCCAAGAAGUAUCGCGCAGUCAACCUACAAAAGAGUGUGCUGAAUAGAGGCAGCGGAACCCGAAUCCAUCGCGUCAUUCACAAAGCCAUGCGCGGCCUUCCUGUCACCAUAAGUGUUCUUGGCGGCUCCGUGUCAUCGUGUCACGGAGCUGGAGAAGAUCCACUUUCCCCCACUUGCUACCCUUCGAUGUUCUUUGCGUGGUGGAAUUCAGUAUUUCCACAUCCUGCGUCCGAGCUCACGAACGGUGCUCGACGGAAAACCGACUCUUCUUAUUACUCGUAUUGCAAUGGUCACCACCUUCCAGAUCAAACAGACUUGGUCAUUCUAGAGUUCGACUCUGAUGAUGAUUACGAUGGUGUUUGGUUAGAGCACUUCGAACUUCUGGUCCGCUCCAUAUUGAUUCGACCCGAUCAUCCUGCCGUCAUUAUACUGGGUCAUUUUUCGCCUCAACUCCAGGGCCUUUAUGGAUAUGCUGGUCCGGAACAAUUACAUACCCAGGUUGCCCAAUUCUACGACACUCCUCACGUGUCGAUCAAAGCCUUGCUCUACGAAAGUUUUCUCCACAAUCCAUCACUUGCGCUCGAAAAGUACUACGCAGACCCAAUGUUACCUAAUUCGGGUGGUCAUCGUGUCCUUGCUGAUGCGCUCAUCCAUUACAUGCAAGAGCAAAUUUGUACCGGUUGGGCCGCUGUCAGGGGUUACACGUAUGAUGUGACUUUACCAAUGAUUUUCAAUAGCGAUGAUGCCAAGGUCGAGGACGCAGUUGGCCUCUUCCGUGGCAUGGAUGUGCGCAAGGGGGACAAAGCGCAAGGCGGGAAGAAGAAGCUUUGGUCUCCUCCUACCGACCGUACAGCAGCGGCUGCUGUUCCACGUUUCUUUUUGACGACACGACCAGAUCCAAGUGGAGGCACUGACCCGUUCCAUUUCGAAGAGGUUCAACCGUUCUGUGUUUCAGCAAAUGACUUGAUUAAUCCAUUACCUAUCUCCCUUUUCGUUGGAACGGGUUGGCACAUGAAAAGGCCCAGCCACGCUGUCGCCGACAGUUUAACCACGGUGGACGCCUAUUAUUGGUAUGCUUUCUAUCCUGCAAGCAAGCUCCGAGUACCUGUGACUGUAAGUGGUGGAGAUGUGGCGAUUUGGUAUUUGACGCAGGAUAGUCGAGCCGGACAAGCGACAAGCGAGGUUAGUUGCUGGGUUGACAACAACUAUGGGGGGGCCAAGGUCAUCGAUGGGGCUGCAGGAAGUGAUCCUCGACCCUCAAUACGCAUCAUUGAUCGUUCCGUUGAACCGGGUUCGCACUAUGUGGAGUGCCAAUUGCAAGGGACUGAAGGCGUUAAGGUUGCACCGUUCAAAUUACUGGGUGUAUUUACUACAUAACACCUCGGGUUUUGAGCCUUCUGUGAUAUUAUUCAUAUGCGCCUGGCCCGUGUACCUUUGUAAUUCCAAGUGGGGGUAUCCUUAUCUAACCGAAUAAAAUAUUGCAC